UUGAGAGAUCACUUUAGAGAGAGAAAGUUCUUUUUUUGUAGAGAGAGAAAGUGUUCUCGUAGAGCGACUGCAAGAUCCGGUCGCAAAAGGAAGCACUCAACAACACCAGCAGGAAAAUUACCAGUUCCAAACCCUACUGUUUCUUCGUUUUCUGUAAGAUUCUCAGCUUUACUUCUUCUUCUUUGCUCUCUUUCUGCAUGUUUCAUGCGGGUUUUCUAGUUUAUAGCUGUGGAAUUAGGGUUUGAUCGGAGGAAUUUAAUUUUAUUGGAUCUUUAGGAAUUAGGGUUUUCUUGUGUUGCCUUUUGGUCUAAAUCUUUCUGUCUUUUGGGAUAAUUGGGGAUUUUUCCUGUCUUCUUGCGACGGACGAGUGUUUUAUCCUUUUAGGACAAGCUUCAGCUGUGGUGUUUUGUCCCUAUUUUGGGAAAUAGGGUAUUUAGGGUUUUGGUCGAGUUUCAUGUAUGGCUUCGGGUCCUACAGUUGAUGAGGUAGGUGUAGGUGACGGUGGUAGAGAGAAGCAGAGGUACGUGGAGAGUAAGGUGUACACUAGGAAGGCCUUCAAAGGCCAAAAGAAGAACAAUUACAAUAACACAAAUUCAAUUGCCGAUGUAACCACCACCACCACCACCACCACCUCUGCUGUUGAGAAUAAAGACGAUAUCGAUAAUAGCCAAAAUAAGGAGACCCCUACUGAGCCAACAACCACUAUCGCCACCAAUGAAAACAACGAUGGCAAUGUCAAUAGUAACAUUUAUCAUGAUGAAAGUAACAAUUUGGCCGAGCCUCUUCCUUGUACUACGGUGACGGAGGACAAGAAUCCAACUCAGCAGCAGGUCGUUUCAAGAUUUGAUGUGGCCUGUGAUGAUUCUUCAUGCCUCAACCGUCAGCAGGUUGCAGCUGGGGAUGCAGUGCAGAGCGUGCGGGACCAACCCUCAGAAAAUGGUGUCAUGGAAGUGGCUGUGGAAAAUCAAAAUAACAAUAAUUUGACCUCAAGGUCUAAGCAGGAGAUGCAGGAACUUCGGCGUAAGCUUGAGAGUGAGCUUGAGAUGGUGAGAAAUGUUUUGAAAAGAAUUGAGGCAAAACAGGGGGAAUUAAGUAAGUCUAGUAAUUUUUGCAGUUCGGCUAAUGAAGGGAUGGAUAAGGUUGGUGGAGAUGAGCAGAUUCAUCCUGAGGUUGCUGCUGUACGUGUGCCUUGUGAGCCUUCUAGGCCUCUGAAUAAAUCGAGUAUAUCAAUGUUGGAGAACAGUCAGGGUGUGAGUGAUUAUGUGGAGAAAGAAAAAAGAACUCCUAAAGCAAACCAGUUUUAUCGAAACUCUGAAUUCAUACUUGGAAAAGAUAAGCUACCACCAGCUGAGAGUAAUAAGAAGGCAAAAACAAACAUCAAGAAGCCGGUUGUAGGAGAAAUGGCUCACGGUUUUGGGCUGGGUUCCAAGUUUUUUAAGAGCUGCAGUUCACUCCUGGAUAAAUUGAUCAAGCACAAGUAUGGUUGGGUGUUUGAUGCUCCUGUCGAUGUGCAGGGCCUUGGUCUGCAUGACUACUACAUCAUCAUUAAGCAUCCAAUGGACCUAGGAACAGUAAAAUCUAGGCUGAACAAAAAUUGGUACAAGUCACCUAAAGAAUUUGCUGAGGAUGUGAGACUUACAUUUUGCAAUGCUAUGGCCUAUAAUCCCAAAGGACAAGAUGUCUAUGUAAUGGCAGAGCAAUUGUUGACAAUAUUUGAGGAUAGAUGGGUUAUUAUAGAGACAGAGUAUAAUCGUGAGGUAAGGUUUGGACUAGACUACGGAGCUUCUCUUUCCACACCUACUUCCAGAAAGGCUCGUCUUCCACCACCACCACCCCUUGACAUGAAACGAAUAUUGGAAAGGUCAGAAUCCACCACAUAUCGUCUUGACUCCAAGAAUAGACCUUUGAGCGCUACUCCUUCAGCUAGGACACCUGCUCCAAAGAAGCCCAAGGCAAAAGAUCCUCAUAAAAGGGACAUGACUUAUGAGGAGAAGCAAAAGCUCAGCAGCAACCUUCAGAAUUUACCUUCUGAAAAACUGGAUGCCAUUUUACAAAUAAUUAAGAAGAGAAAUUCGAAUAUUUUCCAAGAUGAUGAAGAAAUUGAGGUAGAUAUUGAUAGCGUGGAUGCAGAGACACUCUGGGAGCUUGAUAGGUUUGUGACAAACUUCAAGAAAAGUUUGAGCAAGAACAAGAGAAAAGCUGAGCUUGCACUUCGAGCAAGAGCAGAUAAGGAACACAAUAUUGCCCAAAAGGCCCCUGUUGUGAUGGAGGUCCCAAAGGAAACUAAGGCAGAUGAGAAUAUUGUUUCAUCUUCAGUGCCCGUUCAAGGACAGGGCAAUAGUAGGAGUAGGUCAAGUAGUUCAAGCAGUUCUAGCAGUGAUUCUGGAUCUUCAUCUAGUGAUUCCGACAGUGAAAGUUCUUCAGCAUCUGGAUCUGAUACUGGGUCUUAAAGGUCUUCAAAUAUUUUUCAGAUGUCAAUUUUUUUGAAGUUGUGAGAGUACUUCUGUUGGAAGGAUCCUUCAGCUUUCCUGAUUAAAAUCCAAUAGUCUUGCACGGGUUGGAAAGGAGGCUUAAAAGUCCAUUGAUGUUCAGCCAGUGGCAAACUGAGGUUUGAUGUUGUAUUGGAUAGAAGGUUUCACUGCAUACCCCCUCUUCUGUAGCCAUUUAUUCUGGCUCAAAAUUGUAUAAUAUUGUAGUAAUCUGAUCGAUUAGCCCCUCUUGCGUAGUGCCUGUACAUUGCUGAUCAAUUUCUACCAUAUCUAUUAUUUUUUACCACAGAUUCACCCUCCGGAUAAUCCCCUCCCCCCUCUAUUAUAUUAGGUUUUGUAAACUAAGUGUCAGUAACUGGCAACAGGUGUGGAUUUCAAUGAUGUAUACUGGAGGGUUUGGGUUUGGUAAGAAGCUCAAACGAUUCCUUGAGCUUGUAUCUCUGCCUUCUAUGGGUGCCAUAUGGAAUGUUAGGAUUGUGAGUCACUUCCUUCGUGUUUGCAAGCGCUGCUGCUGCUGCUUGUUCUUUUUAGUUGUAAAGGAUCAAGAGAAAAAUAUGAUUUUGAUUGGUUUCUGUAAGGUUAAUCGAGUUACCCUGUUGUCUAGAGUGUUUGCAUUUGGUAUGAUUUUUACUUUGUUUCCUUUUAGACUUCAUUCUGUGGAAAAAUGAAAUGGUGGCUCUCCUUCUAAGGUAUGUUUUGCCUUGCCCAGUUCGUCACUUCAAGUUAUGCCUUUUUUCCGUUAAAAGAGAGAGUAUUCAACUUUUCAAGUGCGCUUUGUUUCUCAUUCUCAAUUUGACGUAUAUUUUUCUGAUGCAGCGUCUUCCUCGAAGCUCUUCUUUUAUGGCCGACUCUCUGCUGUUCUUUCUGUGCCAAUCUCCAUUUGCAAAGCUUCUAGCUAAACUCGUCUUCUUCGUUGACUUCUUCCCUGCAGUACACGCCUUGCUCUGCUCUCAAGGCUUGGAGGCAGAGCCUUCAAGUCGGCAUUGGACCAGAGCCUCUGGUUGAAUCAUCAUCAAGGCUUGCCCAUGUCGAGCUUAAUGGUAAGGCCAUUUAUCACUUUAUUGUGAAAGACCUGAUCACCCCGUUCUGUCGUAAGUACCUCCAUAGCACGCCGAGUCGGGCUAUAUAAUAGGUUGUUUCUCACUCGAUUUAUUAGGUUUUGGAAUCCGUUAUCAUUAUAGGAGAGUAUUGAAAGGUCCCAGCUACUAACUUGUCUGCAGUUCUAGUUAUUACAAUAUACUGUGCUCAUACUUUAUAGUUAUGACAUCAAACACGAACGUGUAGGAUGAGACAACUAGAGGUGAUCAAAAUGAACAUGGCAUUCAGUCAUUAAUCUUGGUCUUAAGUCCAUAAAUUUAGGGUGCAUAGUUUUAUAUAGUUGGUCUCUGUACUAGUGCGUGAGAUGUCGAUAAACCAUCCCUGUUUCAAGUUUUUGGCAAGAAAUGUAUGGAAAAAAGCACAACCUAGAAACGCUCGAGUGGUACAUCGAGCCAUUGGUUCUUAAGAUCGUAGUGGUCUUUUAUCCACCGAACUAUGCUUAGAUAGAAAGUUUUUAGUGUUAAUUUGAUGGAUAUUUUAGAACUUUAGAACUUUGAAUUGUUAGUGUUUGCAAAUCUCCAAGAAGACGAGUCUGCCGCCAUUGCAGACUUGUUUGGAGGAGAAACCUGUUUUGAUUUAUGAGCUUAUGUUUAUUGCACACGGCUUUGGAAUUUUCUCAUCUGAAAGGUAAUGGUAAUGGGAUUGGGUUCACCAAGGUAUGGCCUUUUCUGUGUUUGGUGUAACAGAAAACCUUCUCCCAUUUUAAUUCAAUUUCUACAUUUGCUGUAAGGUUAAAUCAAUUUCUCAAUUUUUUAAAAAUAAUAUUAAAUAUUUGUAGAUAAUUUACGAGAUAUUCAUCCAAAUUUAAGUUUUUAAAAUAUAGUAUUAACCAUAGAAAUAUUUUCAAAUUAUUUUAAAAAAAAUGGAUGUUAUUAAUAAUAUAUUAAAGAAAAGCGUGGGAAAUACGAAAUUUCAUUAUAAAAAUGCGAACUUUCCGGUUGUCAUUUAAGACUUGCUUUGCGCAGAAGUCAUAUGCGCUGCUCAUCUGUGCACUCUUUGGUCCAACCCCUUCAAUAAGAUAAAACCAAUGGAGAGAAUCGCUUUCACAGACAUACCCCAUUUCUCACAUAUUCUGAGCAUCUUUUUCAUUUCAGCAGAGCGAUUCCGAUCAUCACCCAGAAAUUGAGGUGAAACUCAGACAAUUUUCGAAAGAAGAUGUGUUGCGGAGAUGGCGAUUGUAGGCCGCUCGGCUUCUUGCUCGGCUUGCCUUUUGCUUUCCUUUCUCUCAUCCUUUCCAUCAUCGGCGUAAUCAUCUGGAUUGUGGGAUUGACGCUUACUUGCAUAUGUCCUUGUUGUUUGUGCUUGACGGUGAUAGUGGAGCUUGCGCUGGGGCUGAUCAAAGCCCCAAUUCAUGUCAUGGAGUGGUUCACUUCCCAGAUUCCUUGUUGAUCGUUCAUAUUUCUCUUACAGGAAAGUUGGAGAAGUCUAUUAGUGUGUAAUCACCUUGUUUGUGUAAAAUUUGCAUUUUAUAUGAAUAUGUAGCUCUGUGAUUCCCAUCGCUGAGUGAUUCAGAUGGUCUUUUUUAUGAUUUAUUUUGUUCUUAGCUUCACUGAAUUAGGCUUACAUUGAUUGUUUAUUUCAUCAAUAAUCAAUAUAGAAUCGAAGUUUUCUC